UUGACGAAAAGAAAAAAGUCAGCCAGCAGCGUUCAAAGCAGAGACCAGGCACAAAGAAGGCAGCGUUCAGGUCUUCACCAUCAGAUUUUUUUCACUUUAAAAAGUUAUUCUCGCUGAAGAACGACUCGCAGAGCUGAUGAUAUAUACUAAACAAAUUUACAGCAAGUUGAUCGGGAUAAAGUUCUUGUCUUAAACUUUGGAAGAUGACUUUUUGCAAGACCUUGUGUGUUGCACUCCUUCUGCCUUUGCUUAUAUCAGCCCAGUAUCAAGGGGACAACGGAAUAGUCGUCCCAGAGCAUGGAUUUUGUCAGCCGAUUACAAUACCUCUGUGCACUGACAUAGCCUAUAACCAAACCAUCAUGCCUAACUUAGUGGGCCAUUACAACCAGGAGGACGCAGGGCUCGAGGUGCACCAAUUUUACCCCCUUGUAAAGGUACAGUGCUCGCCGGAGUUGAAAUUCUUCCUGUGUUCCAUGUAUGCGCCUGUAUGCACAGUUUUGGAGAAGGCCAUUCCUCCCUGUAGAUCAAUCUGCGAGAGAGCCAAGCAGGGCUGCGAGGCUCUCAUGAACAAAUUUGGGUUUCAGUGGCCGGACCGGCUACGCUGUGAGAAUUUCCCUGUGCUGGGAGACGGACAGAUCUGUGUGGGACAAAAUGAUUCCUCCCCCACCAACCCACCCAUCACGCCUGUCCCGGGGACCAAGGACAUCUCAGUGGUUUCCACACAUGAGAGGCCUUUCCGAUGCCCAUCUGUUCUCAAAGUGCCCCCUUAUUUGAAUUAUAAAUUUUUAGAGGAGGUGGAUUGUGCUGCUCCCUGUGAGCCUGCAAGGAGCGGUGGUUACAUGUUUUUCACUGACAAAGAGAUUCAUUUCUCCCGCUUAUGGAUUCUGGUCUGGUCUGUGCUUUGUUGUGCAUCCACCUUAUUCACAGUAACCACCUAUUUAGUUGAUAUGCAGCGCUUCAGAUACCCUGAGAGACCUAUCAUCUUCCUGUCUGGCUGCUACACUAUGGUUUCCAUAGCCUACAUAGCUGGCUACUUCCUGGGGGACAGGGUAGUGUGCAAUGACAGCUUCAGCCCUGACGGCUACAAGACCAUUGUCCAAGGUACAAAAAAGGAAGGCUGCACCAUCCUCUUCAUGAUGCUCUAUUUCUUCAGCAUGGCCAGUUCCAUCUGGUGGGUCAUCCUGUCCCUCACCUGGUUCCUGGCAGCAGGUAUGAAGUGGGGCCACGAGGCUAUUGAGGCCAACUCUCAGUAUUUUCACCUGGCAGCCUGGGCAGUGCCGGCCAUCAAGACCAUCAGCAUCCUGGCCAUUGGGCAGAUUGAAGGUGACAUGCUCAGCGGCGUCUGCUUCGUCAGUCUCAGCAACCUGGACCCUCUGCGGGGCUUUGUGUUGGCCCCUCUUUUCAUUUACCUCUUCAUCGGGACCUCUUUCUUGCUGGCCGGUUUCGUGUCACUGUUCAGAAUCCGCACCAUCAUGAAACAUGAUGGCACCAAGACAGAAAAGCUGGAGCGACUGAUGGUGCGGAUCGGGGUGUUCAGCGUGCUCUACACCGUCCCUGCCACCAUUGUUAUCGCCUGCUUCUUCUAUGAGCAGGCCUUCCGACCCCACUGGGAGCGCAGCUGGGUCAGCCAUAACUGCAGGAGCCUGGCAAUCCCCUGUCCUAUGCAGACCGGGCCCCGCAUGACCCCAGACUUCACUGUCUACAUGAUCAAAUACCUGAUGACACUGAUAGUGGGGAUCACCUCUGGUUUCUGGAUCUGGUCUGGAAAGACUCUGCACUCCUGGCACAAGUUCUACACAAGGCUGACAAAUGGCAAACAAGGGGAGACCACUGUGUAGAAUAAAGGGACAUCAAUAUGUUGGUGGGACUAAUUUGUGUAUUAUUACCUGUUUCUCACGAGAUAGGUAAGUAGCACACUGAGUGGCCGUGAAUUCUUACAACAUUUGUAUUCGCAUCAGCUUUAUAGCCACACAUGCAUGCCAAACUGAGGGUUAAGGUUUGACAAAAGGACAAGCUGGAUAAACAAGGACCGAACCUAACUGUCUGAACAAAUAACAAGCAUGGCUAUGGAUGCCAUGUGCUGAAAUGCUCACCUCCCCCUCUCUGGCCCUUUUCUUAAAGCCACCAUAAACUCAAGAGGAGUGAUGAUCCACCAGUCAAGAACACAGAGAGCGGGGAGAAAGAAAGAGCUGUGGAGGAAUAACUGUUAAUUCUGUCCAUAAACAUUUCACAUGUAAUUAAAUGAAACUGUAAAUAGUAUUUGUAAAAACAUCAAAUUAUAUAUUUGUAUUUAAAGAAAGUAAAUACUUUUCAUUAUCUGCCAGUGUACCUGCUUUACUUUUGCACUGUAAAAAUGCCAAUAGAUCUAGACAUACUCCUUUUUUAUUAAUUACUGAUUAAAAGAAUGUCUAUAUUUCAGCCUGUUGGAUGAUAUCCAAGAAGCUUUUCAGUUCAGCCCACUGUAUUUUCACUCCUCUUUAACCAAAAACAUCUGCUGCGUCUCAGAUAUCAUCAAAUAACUAUAUCAAAUGCCUGAUUUUGAAUUCCUAGGUAAAAGGAAAAAGCAGUAUUUAAUGUUUUUCUUUAAUUCAUUGCCCUUCCAUAUGUUCAGUAUUCUUUAAUGAUUAAAUACUGUCUUGAUAACAAGUUAUUUUCUUUGAUAAAAGGAUGGCCAUGUUGUUUUCUCAAGGGGGGUGAGGGUUGUGUCACACCUGAACAUCUGUUGCCUCAGACUGGCAGGCAACAGUAAAAGAGAUUAUUGGAAUUCUUAAUGGAAAUUAGGUUCUUACACAAGACCGCAGCCCUCUGGGAAAUACAGGGAAUGAGUUUAUACUGAGAACACACCUCUCUUGUUAAAAACUUAUCACCCACUCUGACAGUAUAUUCUGAAAUAUUUCACAUCUACAUGUUUUGUGUCUGAGAAACAGGUGCCAACCUGUAAGAAUGUGGUGGAGGACUUCCUCACACAUGCACACUAACAUCGCCUUCAAGUGCUAAACAAAACAAGAGACCCUUUUUUAGCCUGUUGUUCGAGAGGAGCUUGGUUAAAUCAACAGGAAUCAUCUGGCAAGAGAAGUCUGUGCUGUUGCAUAGGUGUGAAAUUAUUCCUGCCUGCCUGUUUGGUGAAGAGAAAACAAGGGUGUUCAGGUUUGCUGUAGUGUUACUUCUCUGGAGCCACUCUGCUCUGUGCCAAGUUGGAAUCCCCCAAGCCAUGCAUGGCUGAAACCGAACCUUGUCUGUGGUGAUGUCAUGAAGUAGAUGGGUGUGUUGGAGAAAGUUGAUCCUCUUGCCUCAGAGCAGAGGCUCUUGGCGUUUGAGAAUUGCACGCACAUACAGCACUGUGUGUAUUCAUAUUGUUACUGUGAAGGUUUAUAGGUGCACACAAUUGCUGCACAUAAUCUCUGUAUCAGACUAUAGUAUAAAACAGAGCCUAUAGCCUAUGCACCUCUUGUAAAUGUCAUGACCUGUUGGACAAGUUGAUAUUUGUCUUUCUUGUAUCCUUAUCUGAGGUUAAAUAAAGAUGGCUUGUAAUAACAGACAA